AUGAUUCGCAAACAAGCUCGACAGCGCCGGGAUUACCUCUACCGGAAAGCCCUUCUACUCAAGGAGGCCGAGGUCAGCGAAAAGAGAGCGAAACUGAGAGAGUCUCUUGCUUCCGGACGACCCCUAGAUCCAGCCAUUGCCAAUGACAAGGGACUGCGAAAAGAUUUCCAAUAUGACGAGUCGCGAGCGGACCGGAGCCUCAGGGAAGAGCUAGAUCUAGAUGACGAGUAUAGCGCCAUGUCCGGAAUUGUCGACCCACGAGUCCUGGUUACAACAUCAAGAGACCCUUCGAGUCGCCUUGCAGCCUUUGCAAAGGAGAUCAGGUUAAUGCUACCAACUGCGAUUCGUCUCAACCGAGGAAACCUUAUCUUGCCCGAUCUCGUCAACUCUGCGAAAGGCGCUGGCUUAAGUGAUAUUUGCCUGUUACAUGAACACCGUGGUACUCCUACUGCUCUAUCGAUAUCUCACUUGCCACAUGGACCGACGGUAUCUUUUUCUCUACACAAUGUGGUUCUCAGACUAGAUAUUCCCAACUCCCUGCGUGGAACUGUCUCUGAGAGCUAUCCAAACCUGAUCUUUGAGGGCUUCACAACCCCGCUUGGUCAGCGAGUCGUCAAGGUUUUGAAGCAUCUUUUCCCUCCGAAGCCCACAGUCACGACCAAGGCCAAGAGCGGAAGAAUUGUGACUUUCAAGAACAUCGACGAUGCUAUCGAAGUACGCCAUCAUGUGUACGUCCGUACGAGCUAUGAUAGCUGCGAGCUUAGUGAGGUUGGACCUCGCAUGACAAUGAGGUUGUUUGAGAUCAGAGGCGGUACGCUGGAGAACAAGGAUGGCGAUGUUGAGUGGCACCUCAACCAGUAUACCCGUACCAGCCGAAAGAAGGACUAUCUAUGA